AUGAAAUACGUUCUUAAAGGUCAGAUCUCAAUCUCUUUGAGAGAUUUGGCUCUUACUCUUAUUCUACUCAUUUGCAGUAGCGGAGUUUACGCCUUUGCCAUUACUGCAGACGAAACGGGCACAAUCGGGCUGGGCUCUAGCGUGAGGAGAGACCAGAAAUGGCUUUCUUCGGACGGAAUGUUUGCUAUGGGUAUAUUCUCUCUGAAAGAAGGAACCAAUUAUCUGGGCAUCUGGUAUGCCAAGAUUACAUCCCCAAUGCGAAGCAGGAUUAUUUGGGUAUCGAACAGGGACAACCCUGCUUCAAAUUCUGCCUCCGUUCAGUUCCGUUUGGACGGAAACCUACUGCUCUUGGACCAGGGGAAACAAAUCUGGAGUAGCAACACAAGCCGACUAAACGUAUCCUUUGCACGACUUGACAAAACCGGAAAUUUCCUCCUAAUUUCCAGGCAUAACAGCAGUUCAGACGGAGCAGUGGCCGUGUGGGAAAGCUUUGGCAUGCCGUGCGAUACUCUGAUACCGGGAAUGAAGCUACGUUUCGGAUCAAAGCUGACUUCUUGGAAAGAUUCAAAAGAUCCUGCUCCGGGCCCCUAUUCUGUUAUCGUCGACAAGGAUUUUGUUCUUGGACUCUACUGGAACUCCACUGUGGCUUACUGGACCUCAGGCGACUUCGACAACAGCAGCAGCACCUUCUCCAACAUGCAGUUUUUGAGGAGAGUGAACAAGCGCUACAACCAGAUUAAUCUGAUAUUUAGCUCUGGAAAGCUUGUGCUUUUUUGGAACUCCACGGAAUUCUACGAGCGUAUUGUGGUGAGCCACAGAGGCUAG